AUGAAAGCGAACGUCUUUUACGCCCUCGCGGCCCUGCCCAUGCUGGGAUGGGCAUUCCCGCAAAUGGCCGGUGUAGCCUCACGAGAGGAAAUGCUGGAGAAGCUGAGGCAGCAACGCGACGAGGAGCUCGUCGCCGAGAAACGCAACCCAGACCCGGAGCCAUCGCCCCAACUGCUUGGUGCGGUUGGUGGAGUCUUGGGGUCGCUCGCCUCAGACAUCACAGGUCUCCUCGGCUCCGUCGCCUCGGCUGUCAGCCCUGACAACAAGCGUCCGGAGGCCGGGUUUACUUUCCAGGCCCCAGGACCGAGUGACUCCCGCGGCCCCUGCCCGGGUCUGAACCUCCUGGCUAACUACGGCUAUCUUCCCCGAAAUGGAUAUGUCAACCUCGGUCAGGUUAUUGAGGCUACUGCACGUGGUUUCAAUAUGGGAGCCGAUCUCUCCACUCUGCUCGGGGUGUUCGCGGUUCUGACUGACGGUGACAUCGCGACCGAGUCCUGGUACCUUGGAGCCGGCCCCAACAACGUCGGCGGUCUUAACCGCCACAGCACAGUCGAAGCCGACAUCUCGCCCAACCGUGAGGACUACUACAACGGAUGUGGAGAUAACCACCACCUGUCCUCACGUCUCUUCAAGCAAAACGUCAAGCUGGCUGCCUCCUCUAAAGACUUUGGCAUAACGACGAUGGGCAACCAAUACCUCGCUAAUUCAAAGUUCAGCCAGACGAACAACCCUUACCUGUACUACUUCCCCUUCCCCUCGAUCGUCAGCCUCGGUGCCUUUGCCUUCUACCCCAACUUCUUCUCCAACGGAACCUAUGGCGCUGGUGGUGUUGCCAACUACGAGUCCAUCUCGAGCAUUAUUGGUGCUCGGUACAACAGCCAGACGGACGAGUUUGAAUAUGUGCCAGAGAGGUGGCCUGAGCAGGGAUGGUACCGUCGUGCGACCCCUUAUGGAGCUGUUCAGACACUGAUCGAUGGCUUUGGUGCCAUCUACACAAAAAAUCCCGUUGCCAUGCCGAUCGCACAACUGGGAACUCCCAACCUGAGCCCGCAGACAAUCCUCUGCGACGUCGUCCUCGGGCUCAACAGUAUCACUCCCCUUGCAUUGGCAGGGCAGGUCCAGAGCGUCGAGGCUAAGGUCAGCUGGGCCUUGGGCAAGUUGGCCGCCGUCGGUAUUGGUUCGACCAUCCUGGGAUGUCCCACGUCCGCCCUCAGCCCCAACUCGAACUCGAUUCUCUAUCCCAAUAGCACCAACCAGGGUGGUCCACUCGGUCCUCCUCCGAGCGUUGCAGCGAAUACUGGUAACAAUGUAUACGGCAAGACAUAUUUCGCUGGCAGCGCGCCGACAACUCCCAAAUGCUCUCAUACCUCUUGA